GCAUAUUGACAAGUUAAAACAAACAAAAGGAAAAAAAAUAAAGAGGCAAUAUAAAGAGCCAGAUUUCACGGUUGUUGACGUGUCAGAACCCGGGAUCCUCAUCUUCGUAGAAGACGUUUGAAAAGAAAUCUGGAAGAGGUCUUCUUCUUCACCAACAUGUUUUGGACAACUACAGUCUUUGCUGUGAUUCUGGCCUUUGCCUCGGCAAAUCCUGAACCCAAUUUAUUUGAGCAAGUGAUCACCGACGAACUUCGCAAGUUGCUUACACCUUACGACCCCUACACCUUCCCCACUAUACCCAACCUGAACAUCACCCACGAUGACACGAGCCUUCUCUUCAAUUUCGUGGAGGACACUUUCACUGGUUUUUCUGGCGUCGAGUGUACGCAGUUUUCACCUCCCAUUUUCACUAAGCAAGUGGUUUUAACCCUCAACGAAGAGAGAGUUGAUAUGCAUGCCAGCAACUACCAGGUGGAGGGCCUGCUUAACGGGCAGCCUUUAUCAGCUACUGGCGUCGCAGACUUAGUUGCCCACAAUCUUGGUGUCUCCUUCAAGUUCCAGGCUGACAGCUAUACGCUCUCUCCUCUCUCGCUCUGUGUUGCCGCUGGGUCACUCAAUCUUGAUUUCAGAGUUGAGAGCUUAAACUCGAACUUCGAGAACGCCGAGGAACUGAACCACGAAAUCGACUCACGGGGCCCAGAGCUGAUCGAGAUUUUGCAAGAUUACGUUAUGCUUUACGCAGAAGACAUCGUGACUUUCCUCAAUAGUCAUCUUUGUAAGCCUUAAAAAAGCUGAUCGUUAAGGGCUGCUCACAACAUCAAGAGCCCGUACUGGUAGGGGGCCAUGUACAAGCCUAGCCUAUUCGAACUACAGCCAGAUGCUUAUCUGGUAAAAGCGAAGGCUAAUUCAAGAUAUACGUUAUCUUUCAAGUAUCGAGAAACGUCUACGAAAUAAAACAGAAAGUGAC